GCGCAGAGCCACAGACGGUCCUCCAGCUCCGUGCAGCCCCGGUGCGAAGAUGGUUGGCGGCUUGUGUGCUCGCAGGUUGGCCCGCCGGUCGCGGUCCGCCCUGAUAGCAGCCCUCACGGUGCUGCUGGUGCAGACGCUGAUUGUGUGGAACUUCAGCAGCCUCGACUCCGGCGAAGACAGGGAAAACGGAGGCUCCAACAUGCGGGAGAAGAGGGACCGGGUCGGAGGCAACAAAGCCGCUGGCAGCGACUAUUUCCAGCACGGGGUCCAGCAGCAGCAGCAGCAGCAGCGGCAGCAGCGGCAGCAUCUUCCCCCGCCUGGGAAGGGGACGUCUCGCCACAUACAGCAGCCGGAUGGAUAUUACUCCCACCGGCCGAAGGAGAAAAGCAGAGUGGACAGCAACAACGAGAACUCUGUGCCCAAAGACUUUGAGAACAUAGACAAUAGUAAUUUUGGUGCGCGCUCACAGCCACACCGGCAGUCUGUUGGGGCCACCAGCAGCAAGCAGCAGCGGGAACAUCUGCAGGAGAAGGCCCACGCCCAGCAGCAGACCUGGCGGGACAACUCUCCGAGUCUGGGCCGCAGCUCGAACGAGGUGCUGCCUGUAGGCCACCAGCCACUGGCGGUCGGUAACAACGCCUCCCACCCAGGCGGUCAGGGCGACGCGGGACUGUCGCGGCAACACUACCGUGCCUCACAGGCUCAGCAGGCCCAGUCACAGCACAGACAUCAGCACCCGCACAGGAGGCAGGUGACUGCAGCGCCGCUGGAGGUGACCUACGACCAGCCACCCAAGUGCGAGAUCAGUGGGAAGGAAGCCAUUUCAGCUCUAUCCAGAGCCAAGAGCAAGGAGUGCCGGCAACAGAUUGCUGAGGUGUACUGCAGACACAGGGAAGGGCAUUUAAUGCCUGAGAAGGUUGCUCGCUUCUGCCCCAUCGAGGGUAAAGCCAACGCUAACGUCCAGUGGGACGAGGACUCUGCGGAGAGCUUUCCAUCAAAGCCGGUCAGAAUAGCGUUUGUCCUGGUGGUCCAUGGACGAGCCUCCCGCCAGUUUCAUCGACUCUUCAAAGCCAUCUACCACACCUCGCACUACUACUACAUACACGUUGAUCAGCGCUCUAACUACCUGCACAGGCAGGUGCACGCCUUGGCUGCCCAGUAUCCGAAUGUGAGGGUCACACCCUGGCGCAUGGCCACCAUCUGGGGUGGUGCCAGUCUGCUGACCAUGUAUCUUCGCAGUAUGACUGACCUGCUGGCCAUGAGGGACUGGAGCUGGGAUUUCUUCAUCAACCUCAGUGCUGCCGACUACCCCAUCAGGACCAAUAACCAGCUGGUGGCCUUCCUGUCCAAAUACAGAGACAUGAACUUCAUCAAGUCCCACGGCAGGGACAACGCCAGGUUUAUCCGUAAGCAGGGUCUAGACCGUCUGUUCUUUGAGUGUGACACCCACAUGUGGAGGCUGGGCGACCGUAAGAUCCCUGAAGGCAUCUCGGUGGACGGCGGCUCCGACUGGUUCCUGCUUAACCGCUUGUUCAUCGAAUAUGUCAUCAACUCCAAGGACGACCUGGUCACUAACAUGAAGCGCUUCUACGCCUACACUCUGCUGCCAGCCGAGUCGUUCUUCCACACGGUGCUGGAGAACAGUGCCCACUGUGAGAGUAUGGUGGAUAACAACCUGCGCAUCACCAACUGGAAUCGCAAACUGGGCUGCAAGUGCCAGUACAAGCACAUCGUCGACUGGUGUGGAUGCUCGCCGAAUGACUUCAAGCCUGCAGACUUCCACCGCUUCCAGCAAACGGUGCGGCCCACCUUCUUUGCCAGGAAGUUUGAAGCCAGCGUGAACCAGGAGAUAGUGAACCAGCUGGAUGCCUACCUGUUUGGACCGUUGCCCCAGGGAACGCCGGGCCUGAACUCGUACUGGGAGAACGUGUAUGAUGAGCCGGACGGCGUGGCCAGUCUGUCGGACACGCGGCUCACGUACUUCCACUCCUUCUCGCGGCUGGGCCUGGCCAGAGCCGCCGCCUCGCUGCAGGGGAACCCAAAGGAUCACAGCUGCAGGUACUUCCCCAUGGGCCACCCAGUGUCAGUGCAUCUCUACUUCCAGUCAGACCAGUUCCAGGGCUACCUGGUCAAACACCAUGCUACCAAUCUGGCAACGAGCAAGCUGGAGACCAUGGAGACCUGGGUGGCACCCAAGAAGAACUUCAAGCUAACCACCCCUCCCAGCAGCACAUUCAGCAGGCUGCAGUUCGCAGAGAUCGGCACUGAGUGGGAUGCCAAAGAACGUAUGUUCAGGAACUUUGGCGGCCUGAUGGGCCCAAUGGACGAGACAGUAGGCAUGCAAAAGUGGAGCAAGGGUCCCAACGUCACCGUCACAGUCGUGUGGAUCGACCCCACCAAUGUCAUCGCAGCCACCUACGACAUUCUGAUCGAUGCCAGCGCCGAGUUCACCCACUACCGCCCACCGCUCAACCAGCCUCUGCGGCCUGGAGUGUGGAGCGUUCGCAUCCUGCAUCACUGGAGUCCUGUGGCUGAGAUGCGAUUCCUUAUCGCCCCAUUGGCCUAUAACAAGCACCAGCCCAUACGACAAGAGGAUACUCUGAAGCUUCACAACGGGCCAGCAAAGAACAGCUACAUGGAGCAGAGUUUCCACGGCCUCAACCCGGUGCUCAACAUCCCUGUCAGCCUGGGCUACGUGGAGCAGGCCAAGAGGAACGCGGCCCUGACCGGCCCGGAGCUCGAGCACUGGUUAGACAGCCUGACGGGCGAAUUGUGGGAGGCGGCUGACAUCUGCGCCGUGGGCCCAACCGCCUGCCCCGUCAUGCAGGCCUGCCCCAAGAACCCUUGGAGCUCCCUGAGCCCAGACCCCAAAUCUCAGCUGGGAACACCACGCGCAGAUGGGCGCAUCAGGUAGCAGCAAGGCCUCCAGCUGGACAGGAGGCCGCGGCACAGGAGAUUCACUGUUUAUUUUUAUUUAUUUAAGGGGUUUGUUGCAGGUGGGGGAAAUGUUCUUCCUCUGUCUCGGGAGAAGAAGGAAACAAAAGAAAGAUUGGAUUUCUUUUGGAGGUUGGUGAGGGUGUCUGGACGGAGAGCGAGGAGAAUGAUUUUCAGAUCCUCCCACGGGGUUCCUCCUUUUAGGGGAUUAUGCUGGCUUUGCUAUUUCAGUUUCUCAGUGUAUUUAUUUUUCUUCUCAUGGCUGAGUUUUACUGUGAUCAAACGUUGCAAUUUUCGAGCAUUUAUUUUGCUGCUGAAUGAAUUAUGAAGUCAGCUUUUAAACCCCUGCGCGGGGGCACGGUGGUCAUGUGAGUGUGGAUUGUCGACACUGGUAGCAGACGAAAUUCUGCUGCAAAAAGGCCUUAGCUGUAAGACAGACAUGAGGAGGUCGUCUGGUACUGAGUUAAAUGUGCCUCCUUACGUGUGUGUCAACUAAAUGAGACAUCUGAGUGUUCAGAUUCACCCAAACAGUUUAAAAAAAAAAAGAUUAUUUUGAUACGACUCAAAUGCAGCACCAUUAAAAUCAAACUUCCCGUUCAUGGAGAAAC